AUGAGGACUCAUAAUCCAUUUUUGGCGCUUGCGCAAGUGAAGCGAAAUAUCGAUAUGUUUUCCUCCGAUCCAAGUAUUGCAGACUCCACAACGGUCGCUGCUACCACUUCGUCAUCUGGGCAUACUACAGCUGUACCAACUACCACUACGCCAGCUUUACCUUAUGGAAGUAGGAACAACACCAUAAGAUUCACCAAGAAACCACCAAACCCACUGGUCGUGGUUAUUGGACAAAACAGCACGAAUGUCACCCUGACAUGGGAGUUUGAUUUCACUCACUGCAAUUGUGUCGUUAUAGACUCGAUCAGAAUCAUUAGGUAUCGCAAAAUUGAUGAAACAUUUACAAAAAAAGAGAUUGGAUUCUUUAACCGGAUUAAUGCAACCAUAAUAACAGACUACUCAAAAUUCCAAUUUAGCGUCCGUUUGAACAAAUCAUAUCGUCAGGGACAUGCAAGUUUUUUCAUCAAUGACAUCAUGAAACAAGGGUACAAUUUGAAUUACAUCACAGUUGAUGAUCUCUUGAAUAACUCUGUGUAUAUCUUUACAAUUGAAAUUGCUUUUCAACAAGGCAACGAGACAACAAAAACCGUGAACGACUCUGUCGACCUUCGAGUUCUGGCUAUACGACCAACUGCAAAUGCUACAAUACCAACUAUAUCUCCAAAUACUACUAUAGGACCAACUGCAAAUGGUACAACACCAACCGCAUCUCCAAAUACUACCACGGGACCAACUGCAAAUGGUACAACACCAACCGCAUCUCCAAAUACUACCACAGGACAAACUGUAAAUGGUACAACACCAACCGCAUCUCCAAAUACUACCACAGAACCAACUGGAAAUGGUACAGCGCCAACCGCAUCUCCAAAUACUACUACAGGACCAACUACAAAUGGUACAACACCAACCGCAUCUCCAAGUACUACUACAAGACCAACUACAAAUG